CAAUAUAGGGGCUACCCACUCCACAUUACCUUCUUUUCAGGGGCCUGUUUCCCUUGCCCCCAUAACUGUUGUGGGUAUUGACUGCCAAACUUUAAAACCCCUUAAAACUCCCCAGAUCUGGUGCCAACUUGGACAACAUUCUUUUAUGCACUCUUUUUUAGUUAUCCCCACCUGCCAGUUCCCUUAUUAGGCCGAGACAUUUUAACCAAAUUAUCUGCUUCCCUGACUAUUCCUGGACUAUAGCCACAUCUCAUUGCCACCCUUCUUCCAACCCAAGGCCUCCUUUGCGUCUUCCUCUCAUAUCCCCCAACCUUAACGUGCAAAUAUGGGACACCUCUACUCCCUCCCUGGCAACUGAUCACACGCCCAUUACUAUCCCAUUAAAACCUAAUCAGUCUUACCCUGCUUAACGCCAGUAUCCCAUCUCACAACAGGCUUUAAAGGGAUUAAAGCCUGUUACCACUUGCCUGCUACAGCAUAGGCUUCUAAAACCUAUAAACCCUCUUUACAAUUCCCCCAUUUUACCUGUCCAAAAACUGGACAAGUCUUACAGGUUAGUUCAGGAUCUGCACCUUAUCAACCAAAUUGUUUUGCCUAUCCACCCUGUAGUGCCCAAUCUGUACACUCUUUUGUCCUCAAUACCUUCCUCCACAACUCACUAUUCUGUUCUUGAUCUUAAAGAUGCUUUUUUCACUAUUCCCCUGCACCCCUUGUCCCAGCCUCUCUUUGCUUUUACCUGGACUGACCCUGACACCCAUCACUCCCAGCAGCUUACCUGGUCCGUACUGCUGCAAGGCUUCAGGGACAGCCCUCAUUACUUCAGCCAAGCUCUUUCUCAUGAUUUACUUUCUUUCCACCCCUCUGCUUCUCACCUUAUUCAAUAUAUUGAUGACCUUCUACUUUGUAGCCCCUCCUUUGAAUCUUCUCAACAAGACACUCUCCUGCUCCUUCAACAUUUAUUCUCCAAAGGAUAUUGGGUAUCAUCCCCUUCCAAAGCUCAAAUUUCUUCUCCAUCUGUUAUCUACGUCGGCAUAAUUCUUCAUGAAAACACAUGUGCUAUCCCUGCCGACUGUGUCUGACUGAUCUCUCAAACCCCAAUCCCUUCUACAAAACAACAGCUCCUUUCCUUCCUAGGCAUGGUUGGAUACUUUUGCCUUUGGAUACCUGGUUUUGUUAUCCUAAAAAAACCAUUAUAUAAACUCACAAAAGGAAACCUAGCUGACCCCAUAGAUCCUAAAUCCUUUCCCCACUCAUUUUCAUUACACACAGCCGAAGUGCAGGGCUGUGCAAUAGGAAUUCUUACACAAGGAUUGGGACCGUGCCCUGUAGCCUUUUUGUCCAAACAACUUGACCUUACUGUUUUAGGCUAGCCAUCAUGUGUCCGUGCAAUGGCUGCUGCCACCCUAUUACUUUUAGGGGCCCUCAAAAUCACAAACUAUGCUCAACUCACUCUCUACAGCUCUCAUAACUUCCAAAAUCUAUUUUCUUCCCCACACCUGAUGCAUAAACUUUUUGCCCCCUGGCUCCUUCAGCUAUACUCACUCUUUGUUGAGUCUCCCACAAUUACCAUUGUUCCUGGCCUGGACUUCAAUCCGGCCUCUCAUAUUAUUCCGGAUACCACACCUGACCCCCAUGACUGUAUCCCUCUGAUCCACCUGACAUUCACCCUAUUUCCCCAUAUUUCCUUCUUUCCUGUUCCUCACCCUGAUCACACUUGGUUUAUUGAUGGCAGUUCCACCAGGCCUAAUCACCACUCACCAGCUAAGGCAGGCUAUGCUAUAGUAUCUUCCACAUCUAUCAUUGAGGCUACCACUCUGCCCCCCUCCACUACCUCUCAGCAAGCCAAACUCAUUGCCUUAACUCAAGCCCUCACUCUUGCAAAGGGACUACGUGUCAAUAUUUAUACUAACUCUAAAUAUGCCUUCCAUAUCCUCCAUCACCAUGCUGUUAUAUGGGCACAAAGAGGUUUCCUCACUAUGCAAGGGUCCUCUAUCAUCAAUGCCUCCUUAAUAAAAACACUUCUCAAGGCUGCUUCACUUCCAAAGGAAGCUGGAGUCAUUCACUGCAAGGGCCAUCAAAAGGUGUCAGAUCCCAUUGUUCUAGGCAACGCUUAUGCUUAUGAGGUAGCUAAAGAAGCAGCUAGCAUUCCAACUUCUGUCCCUCAUGGCCAGUUUUUCUUCUUCUCAUUGGUCACUCCCACCUACUCCCCCACUGAAAUUUCCACCUAUCAAUCUCUUCCCACACAAGGCAAAUGGUUCUUAGACCAAGGAAUAUAUCUCCUUCCAGCCUUACAGAUCCAUUCUAUUCUGUUGUCAUUUCACAACCUCUUCCAUGUAGGUUAUAAGCCACUAGCCCGUCUCUUAGAACCUCUCAUUUCAUUUCCAUUGUGGAAAUCUAUCCUCAAGAAAAUCACUUCUCUGUUCCAUCUGCUAUUCUACUACCCCUCAGGGAUUUUUCAGGCCCCCUCCCUUCCCUACACAUCAAGCUCGGGGAUUUGCCCCUGCCCAGGACUGGCAAAUUGACUUUACUCACGUGCCCCAAGUCAGGAAACUAAAAUACUUCUUGGUCUGGGUAGACAAUUUCACUGGAUGGGUAGAGGCCUUUCCCACAGGGUCUGAGAAGGCCACCGCAGCCAUUUCUUCCCUUCUGUCAGAGAUAAUUCCUUGGUUUGGCCUUCCCACUUCUAUACACUCUGAUAACGGACCAGCCUUUACAAGUCAAAUCACCCAAGCAGUUUCUCAGGCUUUUGGUAUUCAGUGGAACCUUCAUACCCCUUACCAUCCUCAUUCUUCAGGAAAGGUAGAACAGACUAGUGGUCUUUUAAAGACACACCUCACCAAGCUCAGCCUCCAACUUAAAAAGGACUGGACAGUACUUUUACCUCUUUCCCUUCUCAGAAUUAGAGCCUGCCCUUGAGAUGCUACAGCGUACAGUUCAUUUGAACUUUUAUAUGGAUGCACUUUCUUGCUUGGCCCCAACCUCAUUCCAGACACCAGCCCUCUAGGUGACUAUCUUCCAGUCCUCCAGCAGGCUAGACAGGAAAUUUGCCAGGCUGCUAAUCUUCUCUUGCCUACUCCAGAUCCCCAGCCAUAUGAAGACACCCUAGCUGGACGAUCAGUUCUUGUUAAGAAUCUGACCCCUCAAACUCUACAACCGCAAUGGACUGGACCCUACUUAAUCAUCUAUAGUACCCCAACUGCAGUCUGCCUGCAGGACCCUCCCCAUUGGGUUCACCAUUCCAGAAUAAAGCUGUGUCUGUCAGCCAGCCAGCCUGAUUUCUCCUCUUCCUCCUGGAAGUCGCAAGUACUCUCCCCUACUUCCCUUAAACUCACUCGCAUUUCUGAAGAACAGUAAUAACCCUUAUGAGCCUAAUACAUCCCUUCAUUCUAUUAAGUCUAUUCAUCCUUACCCUACUUUUUGCAACAGGGCUUUAUGCAGUCACCCCCACUACUUGGACUGAGCCCCAAAAAUUAGUCAUCCCUACUAUCUUCUGUCUAGUCAUACUCCUAUUCACUGUUCUCAACUGCUCAUAAAUGCCCUACUCUUGUUUACACUGCUGGUUUAUGCUGUUUCUCCAAGCCAUCACAGCUGAUAUCUCCUAGUGCUAUCCCCAAACUACCACUCUUAACUCCCUCUUAGAGUGGAUAGAUGAUCUUUGCUGGCAGGGCACCCUCCAAUACUUUCACCCUGAUGAAGUUCUAUUCUUUACUUUUAUACUCACUUUUAUUCUCAUUUCCAUUCUUAUGCCACCCUCAACCUCUCCCCAGCUAUCUCCACAACACUAUCAACCUUACUCUCUCCUAGCCAUUUCUAAUCCCUCCUUAGUGAACAAUUGCUGGCUUUGCAUUUCCCUUUCUUCCUGCACCUACACAGCUGUCCCCGCCUUACAUACAGACUGGGCAACAUCUCCUGUAUCCCUACACCUCCGAACUUCCUUUAACAGCCCUCACCUUUACCCUUCUGAAGAACUUCUUUACUUUCUAGGCAGGUCCAGCAAGACCUCCCCAGACAUUUCACAUCAGCAAGCUGCUGCCCUCCUCUGCACUUACUUAAAAAACCUUUCUUCUUAUAUCAACUCUACUCCCCCCAUAUUUGGACCCCUCACAACACAAACUAUUCCUGUGGCCGCUCCUUUAUAUAUCUCUCAGCAAAGACCCACUGGAAUUCCUCUGGGUAACCUUUCACCUUCUCAAUGUUUCUUCACUCUUCAUCUCCAAAACGCAACUACACACAUCACUGAAACAACUGGGGCCUUCCAGCUCCGUAUUACAGAUAAGCCCUCUAUCAAUACUGGCAAACUUAAAAACAUUAGCAGUAAUUAUUACUUAGGAAGACACUUACCCUGUAUUUCACUCCAUCCUUGGCUACCUUCCCCUUGCUUGUCAGACUCUCCUCCCAGGCCCUGUUCUUGUUUACUUAUACCCAGCCCCAUAAAUAACAGCGAAAGGUUGCUUGUAGACACUCAACGUUUUCUCAUACACCAUGAAAAUCGAACCUUCCCCUCUAUGCAGUUACCCCAUAAGUCCCCAUUACAACCUCUGAUGGCUGCCGCCCUAGCUGGAUCCCUAGGAGUCCAGGUACAAGACACCUCUUUCAGCACUCCUUCUCAUCUUUUUACUUUGCAUUUCCAGUUUUGCCUCGCACAAGGUCUUUUCUUCCUCUGUGGAUCCUCUACCUACAUGUGUCUACUUGCUAAUUGGACAGGCACAUGCUCACUAUUUUCCUUACUCCCAAAAUUCAAUUUGCAAAUGGGACUGAAGAGCUCCCUGUUCCCCUCAUGACACAACAAAAAAGAGUUAUUCCACUAAUUUCCUUGCUUGUUGGUUUAGGACUUUCUGCCUCCACUAUUGCUCUUGGUACUGGAACAGCAGGUGUUUCAACCUCUGUCAUGACCUUCCGUAGCCUCUCUAAUGACUUCUCUGCUAGCAUCACAGACAUAUCACAAACUUUAUCAGUCCUCCAGGCCCAAGUUGACUCUUUAGCUGCAGUUGUCCUCCAAAACCGCCGAGGCCUUGACUUACUGCUGAAAAAAAAGGACUCUGUAUAUUUUUAAAUGAAGAGUGUUGUUUUUACCUAAAUCAAUCUGGCCUGGUGUAUGACAACAUAAAAAAACUCAAGGAUAGAGCCCAAAAACUCUCCAACCAAGCAAGUAAUUAUGCUGAACCCCCUUGGGCACUCUCUAAUUGGAUGUCCUGGGUCCUCCCAAUUCUUAGUCCUUUAAUACCUGUUUUUCUCCUUCUCUAAUUUGGACCUUGUGUCUUCCGCUUAGUUUCUCAAUUCAUCCAAAACCAUAUCCAGGCCAUCACCAAUCAUUCCAUAUGACAAAUGCUCCUUCGAACAACCCCACAAUAUCACCCUUUACCACAAAAUCUUCCUUCAACUUAAUCUCUCCCACUCAAGGUUCCCACCCCCCACUUGAAGCAGCCCUGAGAAACAUCGCCCAUUAUCUCUCCAUGCCACCCCCCAAAAAAUUUUCACUGCCCCAACACUUCAAUACAAUUUUAUGUUAUUUUUCUUAUUAAUAUAAGAAGGCAGGAAUGUCAGGCCUCUGAGCCCAAGCUAAGCCAUCGUAUCCCCUGCGACCUGCAUGUAUAUGUCCAGAUGGUCUGAAGCAAGUGAAGAAUCACAAAAGAAGUGAAAAUGGCCGGUUCCUGCCUUAACUGAUGACAUUCCACCAUUGUGAUUUGUUCCUGCCCCACCUUAACUGAGCAACUAACCUUGUGAAAUUCCUUCUUCUGGCUCAGAAGCUCCCCCACUGAGCACCUUGUGAUCCCUGCCCCUGCCCGCAAGAGAACAACCCCCUUUGACUGUAAUUUUCCACCACCCACCCAAAUCCUAUAAAACAGUCCCACCCCUCUCUCCCUUUGCUGAUUCUCUUUUUGGACUCAGCCCGCCUGCACCCAGGUGAUUAAAAAGCUUUAUGGCUCAUACAAAGCCUGUUUGGUGGUCUCUUCACGUGGACAUGCGUGAAAACUGCCACACCUGAGGUGCAGGGAUAAGAAGGGCGGCACAAGGAUCCCAGCCUGAGGCUGUUUCUGAAGGUAGGUUGGGCUUACUCAUGAACACGCAUUCAUAUCACACACACACACACACACACACACACACCACAGAGACAAUAAGAACAUAGUCUCCAAACAUUCCCUGCUUACCACGCACUGAUACAGUGGUACAGUAUGGGCUCCAGCUGGCUUCUCCUCAUGGAAAAGUAGGAACAAGGAAGGGAUGUGCUAUGAAAUGGAAGGGGCAUGCACACACUGUGCAGCCUCACUGUCUAUUGAUUGGUAACAUUUGUUAAGCAAAUAUUUACUUUGCACCUCCAUGUUCCAAACACUGAGGAUACAGAUAUGAAAAAAUACAUACACCUGUACAACACAGUCCCCUAAUCGUGAAACCUCCACAUAUAAGCACGUUUAAAUGUAGGCUCACUUGCAUCACAAAUGCAUUCACACACACACACACACACACACACACACAAAUAUACAUCCACAGACACCCAGCAGUGGGCAAUGGGGUUUUGUCCUAGCACUCAUAAGAAAGGCAAAAUGGGAAGCUUAUCGUUUUAACAGCCAGCUCUGGGCCCAAUACUAUUUCCCUGGUUACCUCUCCUGGGGCCAGGGGCCAAGUGUCAGAUGAAGUGACUUUUUAAUGUCCAUUUGGGAAUCCAGAAGGAAAAGGAGGUGGUAAUAACACUCCCUUUUUAACCUGUCUGUCUCUCUAGUACUUAAGAAAAUUGGAUGCUAUUAAAGCCAAUUUAACUUUAAAGGGCAAUGAACAGUGGAGACAUGAUGGAGACAGGAAAAGCAUACAGCUGCAGCCCCGAGGGCUUGCUGGAAUGCUGCAAGAUGCCUUUGUGGAUAGGACCUCUGCAAAUAUGGAUCUUUUAGGUGGUCCCAGUAUGGUUUCUCCAGCAAGUGAGGUGUGAUCCUAAUCCAAACUUUUUGCAGUUAGUCACAUUCACCCUUCUCUCAGCAGCUCCAUGGACAGUGCCUUUUGGGGGGUUCCAAGUGAACUCAGGUAAAGGAGAGAUUAGACCUGGCCCUUAGGGAGCUCCUCAGCUGAUGGGAGGGUCAUGGCUCUGACUUCAGUGAGCUCCUGGCCUCAUCCAGGGGAUAUCCACAUGGAUAUGCAAACAUAUGGGAGAAAAAAUAGUAUUGGAAGAUGAAGAAAUAUUCGUGCAGUAUGAUGAGCAUUUAUAUGAAACUUAAAAGCAUAAAAAAUAUUUUCACAUAUUGCUUUGAUGGACAAGCAUGUGUUGUACAAAGUGCACACAGUCCUUGCUCUUCCCAGUUCCCAUGUACAAAGUUCUGUUGUGGUUUAGUUGAACCAGUCCCCAACAACACGGUUAAAAUUUGAAUUAUGAUAGAGUAUUGACUGUGUGUGGUUGCACAAAGUACAAAUUUUGAUGCCAAUUCUUCAUUCCACACAUCUCUCCAUGAAUAACAGAUGUGCAUCCUGAUUUCUUCUUUCAUGGUCUAUCAGGUGACUGGUCACGAGCAUCUGCUAUCCAGUUUACACACAGGCAGCAAAGUGUGCAGAUAUGUUGCUUCUAUGUCUCUGGGCUAUACAGGAGGCAUGGCACCAGCAUCUGCUCAGCUUCUGGUGAGCCCUCAGGAAGCUUCCAAUCAUGGUGGAAGGUGAAGAGGGAGCUGGCAUCUCACAUCGUAAGAGCAGGAACAAGAGUCUGAGGGGACUUCUACACUGCUGGUGUGAAUGCAAACUAGUACAACCACUAUGGAAAACAGUGUGGAGAAAAGUAGAAUUACCAUUUGAUCCAGCAAUCCCACUACUGGGCAUCUACCCAGAGGAAAAGAAGUCAUUAUAUGAAAAAGAUACUUGCACAUGAAUGUUUAUAGCAGUGCAAUUUGCAAUUGCAAAAACGUGGAACCAACCCAGAUGCCCACCGAUUAACAAGUGGAUAAAGAAACUGUGGUGUAUAUAUGAUAGAAUACUACUCAGCCAUAAAUGGAAUGAAUUAAUGGCAUUUACAGUGACCUGGAUGAGACUGGAGACUAUUAUUCUAAGUGAAGUAACUCAGGGAUGGAAAACCAAACAUCACAUGUUUUCACUCCUAUGAGGAUGCAAAGGUAUAGGAAUGACACAAUAGACUUUGGGGACUCAGGGGAAAGGUGGGAAGGGGGUGAGGGAUAAAAGACUACAAAUUGGGUGCAGUAUAUACUGUUUGGGUGAUGGGUGCACCAAAAUCUCACAAGUCACCACCAAAGAACUUACUCAUGUAACCAAAUACCAUCUGCUCCCCAAUAACGUAUGGAAAUAAAAAAAAUUAAAAAAAAGAGUCUGAAGGGGAAGAUGCCACACACUCUUAAACAGCCAGAUCUUGCAAUAACUCACUCACUAUUGCGAGGAUAGCAUGAAGAGGAUGGCGCUAAACCAUUCUUGAGAAAUCCACCUCCAUGAUACAAUCACCUCCCACCAGGCCCCACCUCCAACACUGGGGAUUACAAUUUAACAUGAGACGUAGAGAGGACAACAUCCAAACUAUAUCAAUAGUAUUUGUUGCAUUUUUUUGCAUUUCCUAAUAAAAACUUAAA